AUGGCGGCCGGGGAGCCGGGGGACUUGGGCGGCUACUACUUCAGAUUCCUGCCUCAGAAAACCUUCCAGUGUCUGAGCACCCCGGAGACCACCAGCCGGCUCCGCCAGUGGUCCAUGCUGGGCAGAGUGGCGGCGCAGGCGUUCGGCUUCGACCAGACGUUCCAGGCAUACCGCAAGGAUGACUUCGUCAUGGCUUUCUUCAAAGACCCAAAUGUUAUUCCCAAUUUGAAGUUACUUUCAGAUUCUUCUGGACAGUGGAUCACAUUGGGAACUGAAGUGAAAAAAAUUGAAGCUAUAAAUGUUCCUUGUACACUGCUUUCCAUGUCAUUUUUUAACCGGUUGUAUGAUGAAAAUAUUGUACGAGACAAUGGACAUAUUGUUAAAUGUUUGGAUUCUUUUUGUGAUCCCUUUCCUGUUUCUGAUGAGUUACGAAAAGUGCUGCUCGUGGAAGACUCUGAGAAGUAUGACAUAUUCAGCCAACCCGACAGAGAGGAGUUUCUGUUCUGUCUUUUCAAACAUCUCUGCCUGGGCGGAGCCCUUUGUCAGUACGAGGACGUGCUUCCCCCGUAUCUGCAGACCACAAAGCUCCUCUACAAAGAUCUUGUGAGUGUUCGGAAGAAUCCUCAGACCAAGAAAAUACAAAUUACUUCUUCCGUCUUUAAAGUCACGGCAUAUGACUCCGCUGGCGUGUGCUACCCUUCGACCGAGAGUCACGAGCAGACCUUCUCUUACUUUAUUGUGGAUCCGAUCAAGCGUCAUGUUCAUGUUUUAUACCACUCUUACGGUGUGGGGGAAAUGUCCUAACACUGUUCUUUCAGAGUCUCUAUUUUGAUACUGUUUUAUAUACCAAUUUUUAAUUUUAAUGCCCAUUUAUAGGUAAACAUUUACUUUGCAAGUUAAUUCCAGUAAAAUACAGAGAACCUGCUUGGAGCAGAAGGAAACGAAUACCAAGGUACCUUCCUGUACGUGUAUCUGGAGCUGUAACGUAAGGACCGAAUUCCGUCCCGAACACAGUCGACACUAGUGCAGUCGUGGAAUUUUUACAGAAAGUUAAAAAAACUAAAAAUCUAGUUCAUAUUUGUUGCAUUAAGAUUCACGUAAGUCCUCAAUUUUCCAUGUGUUUUGUUUUAGAAGCCAGUUAGUUGUGGGUUGAAAAUGUGGCGGGAAACCUGAGGUUGCUCUAUUGAUCAUUAAUAUGAACGGUUCACUUUUUAAAUCUGAGUUUCAUUACCUUACACUUCUUUAUUGCAUAGAGAUUUACAUCUCUAGGGCUGUGAAGUGCCUCACAAUUCCUUUGCUUCAUUUGUCCCACUUAAGAUCCUCAAUAAAAAAGUAAUGUUGUGA